AUGGCUGGUAGAGAGAAGUCGAAACAGGCUCGUUCCAAAGUGUCGAGUGAGAGGAUGAAGAAAGACAGGAUAAGCGAAUUACCAUAUCCUUUGUUAUGUCUCAUACUCUCUCAUCUCCCGACAAAGGAAGUUAUAAAGACAAGCGCUCUGUCCACAAGAUGGAGGAGUCUAUGGCUUUGGGUUCCUAGUUUGGAACUCAACUCCCAAAAUUUCCCAGAUCGCAAUGUCUUUACGAGUUUCGGCAACAGGCUUUUCGAUUCCGACAGGAUGUCUUGCGUACAGAAGCUCAAGUUAACUCUUGAUGAAGGUGACAACAAUGUAGAUGGACAUAUGCUGCAAUCUUGCUUAACGUCUUGGAUUGAUGCUGCAACUAAGCGGAAGCUCCAACAUCUGAAUGUUUGGUGUCUUCCAGAUAAUCAUAGACGCGAGAUCCCCAUAAGCCUUUAUACCUGUGAGACGCUUGUAACCCUGAGACUCUUUGAGGUGGUCUUGCCUGAUGCUGGUUCUGUUUCCUUACCAUCUCUCAAGACUAUGCAUUUGAAAUAUGUUUGGUAUCCCAACGAUGCCACCUUUGAGAGACUUGUCUCUUGCUGUCCUGUCUUGGAAGAGUUGAAGGUUUCUGGGUAUGGUCCUGAUGUCAUUUUGGUGCGAUCUUUAUCACUGAAGAGGCUCAGAAUCAAAUUACGAGAGUGUAAUGGUGAUAUUUCUCUCACUUUUGGUGAAGAGUUUGAUGAAGCAAGUGUUUCAUCAAAGAGAGAUACCAUCCGCAAGUUUCUCCCCGGGAUUUCAAAAGUUGGGGACAUGAUCAUAGAUGAAGACACUUUCAAGGUCUUUAGUCACUAUUCAAAAUUAGAACCACUGCUUCAAUUUGAUUACAUGACCCGCCUGGAUGCUACACUCUGUCUCUCUGAUUUGAAAUGGUUGCCAACUUUUCUUGAGCGCUGUCCGAAUCUGAAAUCACUCGUGUUGGCGUUAGAUAAUGAUUAUGAGAGGAUCGGUUCUGAGGAGAUGAAUGAAAUAAGUUUUUCAACUGUGCCAGAGUGUUUGCUGUCGUCGCUCGAGUCCGUUGAUAUCAAAAGCAGCAUCACUGGAAAUGCUGCAGAGAUGAAGCUGUUAAGGUACUUUUUAAGGAAAUCCUUAAUUCUCAAGAAACUGACUCUACGUUUGAAAUAUUAUGGAAAUGGAGCUGCUAUCUUCAAGAAACUAUUGAGAAUCCCAAGACGCUCUAUCACAUGUCAAGUCGUUGUACGUUGA